CCUCAGAAUUAAUAAUCAGAAGGCUUAAAACAUCCAGGAGGUUCAGCAGUUCAUCUGCAACUUUUAAUUGCUCUUUUUCAGUGCAUGCAGGUUGGGAACGAAGCUUAGGUUUUCCUGCUCAGGCAUUGGGGGAGAAAUCUUUUAUUCUUUCUGGGACUGGAUGGCAUGGUCUUGGUUGUGUUUGCAGGCGCUGUUAUUUCUUUAAUUGUCUGAAAUGUGUCAGUGUGUGAAAUCCAGAGGCAAGUGACUAAGGGUAAAUGUGAGUGCAAGAAGUGGUGGUGGUGCUGGUGGUAACAAAAUGUAUACAACUGGCUGAUGGUGAAUUUUCCUGUUGGGCUUGGCUGAAGAGGAAAUAAAAACUGAACAGGAGGUGGUAGAGGGCAUGGAUAUCUCUACUCGCUCCAAAGAUCCUGGCUCCACAGAGAGAACAGCCCAGAAAAGAAAGUUCCCCAGCCCUCCGCAUUCGUCCAAUGGCCACUCGCCACAGGACACAUCAACCAGCCCCAUUAAAAAGAAAAAGAAACCUGGCUUACUGAACAGUAACAAUAAGGAGCAGUCAGAACUAAGACAUGGUCCGUUUUACUAUAUGAAGCAGCCACUCACCACAGACCCUGUUGAUGUUGUACCGCAGGAUGGACGGAAUGAUUUCUACUGCUGGGUUUGUCACCGGGAAGGCCAAGUCCUUUGCUGUGAGCUCUGUCCCCGGGUUUAUCACGCUAAGUGUCUGAGACUGACAUCGGAACCAGAGGGGGACUGGUUUUGUCCUGAAUGUGAGAAGAUCACCGUGGCAGAGUGCAUCGAGACCCAGAGUAAAGCCAUGACGAUGCUCACCAUCGAGCAGUUGUCCUACCUGCUCAAGUUCGCCAUUCAGAAAAUGAAACAGCCAGGGACAGACGCAUUCCAGAAACCUGUUCCUUUGGAACAGCAUCCUGACUACGCAGAAUACAUCUUCCACCCCAUGGACCUUUGUACAUUGGAAAAGAACGCUAAGAAGAAAAUGUACGGCUGCACGGAGGCCUUCCUGGCCGACGCCAAGUGGAUUCUGCACAACUGCAUCAUUUACAACGGGGGAAAUCACAAAUUGACGCAAAUAGCGAAAGUAGUCAUCAAAAUCUGUGAGCAUGAGAUGAAUGAAAUUGAAGUUUGUCCAGAGUGUUAUUUAGCUGCUUGCCAAAAACGAGAUAACUGGUUUUGUGAGCCUUGUAGCAAUCCACAUCCCUUGGUCUGGGCGAAACUGAAGGGGUUCCCAUUCUGGCCUGCAAAAGCUCUGAGGGAUAAGGAUGGCCAGGUCGAUGCCCGUUUCUUUGGACAACACGACAGGGCCUGGGUUCCGAUAAAUAAUUGCUACCUCAUGUCUAAAGAAAUUCCUUUUUCUGUGAAAAAGACUAAAAGCAUCUUCAACAGUGCAAUGCAGGAGAUGGAGGUGUACGUGGAGAACAUUCGCAGGAAGUUUGGGGUUUUUAAUUACUCUCCGUUCAGGACACCCUACACGCCCAACAGUCAGUACCAAAUGCUGCUUGACCCCAGCAACCCCAGCGCUGGCGCUGCCAGGAUAGACAAGCAGGAGAAGGUCAAGCUCAACUUUGACAUGACGGCGUCCCCCAAGAUCCUGAUGAGCAAGCCCAUGCUGAGCGGGGGCACCGGCCGCAGGGUCUCCUUGUCGGACAUGCCUCGCUCCCCCAUGAGUACAAACUCUUCUGUGCACACGGGCUCCGAUGUGGAGCAGGACCCUGAGAAGAAGGUCAUGUCGAGCCACUUCAGCGCCAGCGAGGAGUCCAUGGACUUCCUGGACAAGAGCACAGCGUCCCCGGCCUCCACGAAGACGGGACAGGCGGGGAGUUUGUCUGGCAGCCCGAAACCUUUCUCUCCUCAAGCGUCCACGCCCAUCGCGACGAAAACGGACAAGACGUCCACCACCGGGAGCAUCCUGAACCUUAACCUGGACCGCAGCAAGGCCGAGAUGGACUUGAAGCAGCUGAGUGAGUCUGUGCAGCAGCAGUCGGCCCCCGUUCCUCUCAUCUCUCCCAAGCGGCAGAUUCGCAGCAGGUUCCAGCUCAACCUUGACAAGACGAUAGAGAGUUGCAAAGCACAAUUAGGCAUAAAUGAAAUCUCGGAAGAUGUUUACACGGCCGUGGAGCACAGCGAUUCGGAGGACUCCGAGAAGUCAGAUAGUAGCGAUAGUGAGUAUAUCAGCGAUGACGAGCAGAAGUCCAAGAACGAGCCGGAAGACGCAGAAGACAAAGAGGGUAGUCGGAUGGACAAGGAGCUCUCUGCUGCCAAAAAAAAGCCCAAACUGGCAAACCCAGUGGAGAUUAAAGAGGAGCUGAAAAGCCCAUCGCCACCCGGCGAGAAAGCAGACCCAGACUUGGCCAAGGACAAGGCAAGCCCUCAGCCGGAGAAGGACUUUGCGGAGAAAGCCAAACCCUCGCCGCAUCCCACGAAGGAUAAGCCGAAGGGCAAAGAUGAGAUGGAUUCCCCAACAGUCCAUUUGGGCCUGGACUCUGAUUCAGAGAGCGAACUUGUCAUAGAUUUAGGAGAAGACCAUUCUGGGCGGGAGGGUCGGAAAAAUAAGAAGGAACCCAAAGAACCAUCUCCCAAGCAGGAUGUUGUAGCUAAAGCCCCGCCACUGUCCACUACGGCAGGCAGCCAGUCUCCCCCCGAAACGCCGGUCCUCACCCGCUCGUCCUCCCAAACUCCCACGGCUGGGGUCACGGCCACCACCAGCACCACGUCCACGGUCACGGCCCCGGCCGCCACCGCCACAGGAAGCCCAGUGAAAAAGCAGAGGCCGCUUUUACCGAAGGAGACUGCCCCGGCCGUGCAGCGGGUCGUGUGGAACUCAUCAAGUAAGUUUCAAACGUCCUCCCAAAAGUGGCACAUGCAGAAGAUGCAGCGCCAGCAGCAGCAGCCGCAAAGCCAGCAGCAGCAGCCUCAGUCUUCCCAGGGGACGAGAUAUCAGACCAGACAGGCUGUGAAAGCUGUCCAGCAGAAGGAGAUCACACAGAGCCCGUCUACGUCCACCAUCACCCUGGUGACCACCACUCAGUCGUCGCCCCUGGUCACCAGCUCGGGGUCCACAAGCACCCUCGCGUCGUCCGUCAGCGCAGACCUCCCCAUCGCGACGGCCUCGGCCGAUGUCGCCGCGGACAUCGCCAAGUACACGAGCAAAAUGAUGGAUGCAAUAAAAGGAACGAUGACAGAAAUAUACAACGACCUUUCUAAAAACACUACUGGAAGCACAAUAGCUGAGAUUCGCAGGCUGAGGAUUGAGAUAGAGAAGCUUCAGUGGCUACACCAGCAAGAGCUCUCCGAGAUGAAACACAACUUGGAGCUGACGAUGGCGGAGAUGCGGCAGAGCCUGGAGCAGGAGCGCGACCGGCUCAUUGCCGAGGUGAAGAAGCAGCUGGAGCUGGAGAAGCAGCAGGCAGUGGACGAGACCAAGAAGAAGCAGUGGUGCGCCAACUGCAAGAAAGAGGCCAUUUUCUACUGCUGCUGGAACACCAGCUACUGCGACUACCCCUGCCAGCAGGCCCACUGGCCUGAGCACAUGAAGUCCUGUACCCAGUCAGCUACCGCCCCUCAGCAGGAAGCAGAUACCGAGGUGAACACAGAAACACUAAACAAGUCAUCGUCCCAGGGGACCUCCUCCAGCACGCAGGCAGCCCCUCCAGAGACGGCCAGCACCUCGAAAGACAAGGAGGCGUCUGCUGAGAAAAGCAAGGAUGGUGGCUCGACCAUUCCCGGGGCAGUAAGUCCAGCUGCUGGAGCAGCAGCGAUGAGAAGCGAGGCUCGUCGCGUUCUGAGCACAACACCAGUACCAGUUCGAAGAGCCUCAUCCCGAAAGAGUCUCGGCUGGACGCCUUCUGGGACUAGGGACAAGUUGCGACACAAGCCAUCCGCCCCACGGAGGAAAAAAAAACCAGACCCCAGGAGAACAGGAAACAGCAAAGAAACGUGAGGCAGAACAACCGCAUUCAGACUUGAGGAUCCCAACGUGCAGACUCGGCCUCUCCGCGGGGGGGUGCCCACACUACAUCACGUCCAGCAUUAGCUUUGACUGAGGACUGUUCGACCCACAUGAAACCUACACUUUAGAUGUAAAUAAUGUACAAUUUGUGGAUGUCACCAAGCCUAGAGUACCUUCCCCUUUUUAUAUUUGUAUUGACUUUAACUUAUAAAAAAAAAUAGAAAAGCAAUUAAAAAAAAACCCAACAACAAAAGGGAUGUUUUGGUGUUGGAGAAGGGACGGUCCCAUCAGCCCGCCUGUCACACAAUGCUAUGGGGACUGGGCCCGGGGGUGUCUGUUGCCCAGGGGAACACGAGCCGUGUUCAUUCAAGUGUCUGGAUGCGGUACAGUGGGAUCAUGGGUUUCGACACAGGUUCUGUGCUGUCGUGGGCUCUUCAAGUCAGGCCCUUGGCCCCUUUCAGAUACUACGUUGCUAGGUUAUCAAAUGCAAGAUCUCUGGACCAGAAGGACACGUGGAGAAGCUAGUUUAUUUUAUGGGAUUUAAAUGAUGACUCUACUCCUAAAAGGGAAAACCUAAUGUCCUUGUUUACAGAAGAGAAACAGAAACAAGCCCCACUCAGCUCAAUGGCGGAAGAGAAGAACAUAAAAAGUUUCGCGUCAUAAGGUCUGACACAGAGCAAUCUUUUCUUUGCAUUGUGGUUCCUUUAAACACACUCACACACGCUUGGAAAGACGCUGCGCUUCUCGGAAGCAAGGACUCAGAGGCGAGACGCACGCAGAGGACAUUUGAGUCUGGGACGAAGCAUGUCUGUAGUAUUUAUAUGAUGGAAUUUUACGUUUUUAUGUAAGCAUGAAACCAAGGCAGUGUGAGAGAAAACGCCCGCCAUGCUGUCUGUUACACUACGUAAGCUGUAGUUCCAUUUUGUAUGUUGUGUAAAACAAAAAGCAUUGAACAAACAGAAGGUGAUGUAUGUAUAUGAGAAAAUUAAUUGUACGAUAUCAUUCCAGUACAUUUUGUUGUACAUUUUAGUCUUGUUUACUUUCUCUUCAUUGUUGAUAAGAGGAUGCGAACUGUACAGUGUCCAGCUAGUAACCCACAUUAGAGAAGAAAUAAAAAGAGAGUACUAGAAGAAAACAGGAGAGAAAGAACAUUUGUGAAUUGCAGUUGUCAAAAAAAAAAAUAGCCUAGCUGGCCUUAUUUGUGAAGCAUAAUUGCUUUUAGCAUAUGGAAGUAUUUUUUCACAUUUUCUUUGUAUA